AUGGAGCGGCACUUGUCACCGCUUGAUUGCAUUUUGAGGCCUGGUUGGUGUCUGGAAAAUAAUGUAUGUGUGUGGCUCAAUGGUGCGCCGGAGGCAGAACGUCCUAUAUGGGUCAAGUUAUGGAACACUGCUCAGAGACGAUACUGUACCGAUGGUGGUGCAAACAGGAUAAUGGCAAGAAAUCAAGAGCUCUCUUUUCCGGAUGUUGUUGUUGGAGAUAUGGACUCGAUUCUUACCACCGUCACGGAAAACUUAAGACAUAGGUCGUUGUUGAUUCAUACCCCUGACCAGGACAAAACCGACCUGACUAAAUGUUUGGAAUACAUAGCCGAAGAUUUUAAUAGAGACGUGCAGCGUCUCAUGUGGUUUUGUUAG